UUACACUGUACACAUGAAUUCAACAAAACGGGUACCCGUGAGAGUUGUCAGCAGAAGCUGUGGAGAGCGCAUCCAGAGUAAAUGAUACCGGUUAUAACUCCAUAUUCGAUCUCUGACCCGCAUUCCUUUAAUACAAACAACAAUUUUACACUGUGAUUUUUGAAAAAAAAUAUUCGAAAAAAAUAUAUAUAGAAAAGAAAUAUAUAUACAUAUAUAUAUAUUCUUUGAGAAGUAUUAUGUACCAGAGUGUCGUGUGAUUAUAUAGUGUGUGAGGAUCGCCAUUGACAUGAGUUGUGAGUCUAGUGUUUACUGAGGGAGUUCUUACAUGUUCGGGGCGCCAGAAACCAACCCACCGAGAAUACUACCGCCAACAGCAUCAACACAUAUGAAGGAGGAACCGCUGCAGCAGUCGACAGGACAACCUGCCCCAAUUAGGAACUGGAUGCAGCCCACGGUCGUCGAUCAGGGUGGGGGAAGUGUUGGGUUCGGACGAGCACACUUUGAGAAACAACCCCCAAGCAAUCUACGGAAAAGCAAUUUCUUCCAUUUUGUUUUAGCUUUGUAUGAUAGGCAAGGCCAGCCUAUCGAAGUAGAAAGAACAGCUUUCAUAGAUUUUGUUGAGAAAGAACAAGUAAGUUUACAGGAACCCGAGGGUCCAAAGACAAACAAUGGAAUACACUAUAGGCUACAACUUCUCUUUGCCAAUGGAGUUCGGCAGGAGCAGGACCUUUAUAUCCGCCUCAUUGACUCCGUCACAAAGGGGGCAAUCGUUUAUGAAGGUCAAGAUAAAAACCCGGAAAUGUGUCGGGUGCUUCUUACACACGAGGUGAUGUGUAGUCGCUGCUGUGAUAAGAAGAGUUGUGGAAACAGAAAUGAAACUCCUUCAGACCCCGUCAUCAUAGACAGAUUUUUCCUAAAGUUUUUUAUGAAGUGCAAUCAAAAUUGUCUAAAAAAUGCUGGUAAUCCUCGGGACAUGCGACGAUUCCAGGUGGCCGUUUGCUCCACGAUGUCAGUUGAGGGUCCACUUCUGGCUAUUUCGGAUAAUAUGUUCGUACACAACAACUCUAAACACGGCCGUCGAGCUAGGCGGUUAGAUCCAACAGAAGGAGAUGCUUGGUUUCUGGCAGACUCAUAUGGCAGAUUCUCUAAGUAUCCCCGGGACACAGCCAUUCUUACGACACCCUGUAUCAAAGCUAUAUGUCCCAGUGAAGGCUGGACAACAGGGGGGACAACCGUCAUCAUCAUAGGAGACAACUUUUUCGACGGCCUUCAGGUGGUUUUUGGAACCAUGCUUGUUUGGAGUGAGCUGAUAACGUCACACGCCAUCCGAGUACAGACACCCCCUAGACACAUCCCCGGGGUCGUGGAGGUCACUCUGUCCUACAAAUCUAAACAGUUCUGCAAAGGUGCGCCGGGCCGUUUUGUCUACACAACAUUAGCUGAUCCUACCAUAGAUUAUGGCUUUCAAAGAUUGAUGAAGCUGGUCCCGCGACAUCCUGGUGAUCCUGAGAGACUUCCUAAGGAAAUAAUUCUGAAGCGAGCAGCAGAUUUAGCCGAGGCAUUGUACAGUAUGCCAAGAAAUCAUAAUCAACUUUCUCUUCCACCUCCCCGAUCCCCUGCCAUGAACAAUGGCUCACCUAUGUCCAGUUUUAAUUCAUACGCCGGUCAGCUAGCGGUCAGUGUACAAGAUACCAAUGGCCAAUGGGAAGAAGGUUACACAAGAGGCCAAGCUUCAAGCGUUUCCCCCAGGGGAUAUGGUUCAAAUGGCUCCACGCCCCAUAGCAACGGAAGCAGUUAUAGCUCAACGGCCAUGAAUGGCUACCAUGGCGGAAGUCUGGGAAAUAUGGGAAUGAGCAGUAUCGUCGCGUCGCCAUUCUCCGCUGUUAAUCCCUUUGCUCUACCGACGUGUAAUGGUCAAACGUACGGCAGCUCACUAAUAUCAUCGGCUAAAUGAUCAUCCUAGCCCGUUGCUACUUAGCAACCGACUAUAACGAUAUACCCCAAAGUGGACCAGAAUGUGCGAGACGACAUCCAAAUUGCGACAUUUUAUCCUUACAGAACAUUUGCUGAAUGGAGAAAAUGAUGCCGUGAUCUGUAUUCUACAGAAAGUGAUUCUACUUUAGACAAAAGGAUGUUGUAAUAUACACAGAACAUUUUCAGACUUGAAUGUGGGGGUGUCAUACACUAAUGCACGGGCUAGCCUAUAUAUAGAUUGUUGAUUUGCAGACGAGGACGGUGAAUAAGUGUGAGCAUUUCCAUCAUACCACAUGGUCAAUCACGUGAGAAAGGAAAGAUUGUUACAAACAAAUGCCUUACUAUGAAUUGCUCAUUUUAAUUAACAGGGAUUCGUCAUCAGUGACCAAUGUGUAGCCAUUGUCAGUCUUUUACGGUGACAUAGGUUUCUUAUUUUAUUUUAAAGUUACUUGGGCCUCCAACCAUCAUCUCCACUGACCACAGUGCUACAGUUCUCGUCUUAAGUCACGAGACUGCAUCGAGACAUUGUUUAAACAUGGCGGCCAACGUCUCAAAUAAGCAUCACAAUAGCUCACAAAUCUUCAUUGACUAAAAGGUUGAUUGAGAAAUGAUGUUACCCUACAGUGCUGUGAAUAUGUUUCAUGGACUUUAUUUAAAUGUGAUAAUAUGGAAAUACAGAUAGUGUACUUCCAGUUUCUGUUUUUUUUAUAAUUAUUUACUUACUAUUGAUACAGAGGUAUUGUGUUUUAUCAUUAUAUUAAUACUUACAUGUUAAACCGACUUCUAUAUUUAUUUAUAAGUUUAUCUUUAUCUAGUCUAUAUUGUUCUGUCUAUUUCUAGUCAUUAUGGAUAGGAUUUCAGUAGGAUUUUGUUUUUACUUAAUGUAAUUUGACACUUAUUUUCUUAUAUUUCUUCAUUCUUGUUAUACACUUAUAGACUUAGAGCAAGAAAACGAUUAUUUAAGUCAAAACCAUCAAUAAGAUCGUGAAUUGAAUUAUUAUCCUGUAAGAUAAUGAAGGAACUUGAGUACAGACAUAAGGUGACAUCCAUAUCUUUUCCCUUCAUGGUCUGGUUUUCGUCUGGUUUUCGGCCUGGUUUUCGGAACGGGAAAUCAGUAUCGGGCGCAUGCGCAACGUUUCAUUAUACUAUACUUGUUAUAUAAUCUAGUCAAAACAACAACAUUGUCUUUAGCCUAUCCUGCUCAAUACUCGCACAAACAGUGAUUGACUCAUUUAUUUGUGUGCCAAAUCCAUAGUUUAAGAUGUUAAAAACAGAUUUGAUCAUUGGAACCUCGUUAAUCCUUUUAAUUCGGUUUUUGACUAUUCGGUAAUUCCUUUGACUGAACGUUAUACGUUGUAAAUUCCUUCAUUUUUGUUUCGAAGUUCAGAAAGUUGUUCCGCAUAAUUGAUUAAUUCGGAAAUAGACGGACUAACGAGGUUCUGCUUUAUCGCAAAUAUUAUUAACGUCGAUAAUUGUUAUUACCUAUGUUUAUUUAUAUCUUCAAUUAAUUUUAUCGAUAAGACUUUUAAAUGUACUUUUUCGAGAAUAUGUCUUUCUUCUUAAAAGUUUUAUUCUUUCGAAUGUUUCUGCUUUUUACAAAUUUUGUUAAAUUGUUGUAACAAAAUUGAUGCUAGUCUGUACGUGUGUUAUAGUAAAUCCUACCUGCAGUGUUAUAAAUCUUACACGUAAAUAUAUGUCCUUGUGGGCGGUGGUAAAAGAGUCAUUCCAUCGCUGGGAGUAUAACAGAACUUCACUUGGUUAAAUGAUAACGUAUAUCUAAUUAUAAAACAAAACACCGAAAUAAGAGUUUGUAGUUUAAUUUAAGUAGUUUGCACAUUUAAAUUAUUUCUUAAGAAAAUAAUUGAUUGCAUGUUAGGUUGAAAUAUUGCCACAAAUUUAUUUUUACAAAAUUUACGUAUCUAGUCAUUCGACAUGGUGAUCUCUGAACUCUCUAGUGGAGACAGAAUAGUGUUGCAAGUUACAGUGUGUAUCUGUCUUUCCGUCCGAAUGGAAUAAAUAUCUGCUUAAAGUUGAAAAUAAAUGGUUACCGUACAGUGUGUCUUUUUCAAAGAUAACUUCACGAUAAGUGUUUAUUUAUAUUUCUUUCUCAAAAGGGAAACAACUCUCACAAUCUUUAAUUCGCUCAGAUGAUCUUGUUUGAUUGACAAUGUAUCAGCAUCUCUAGUUCAUGUGUAACUCACCUAGACUAUUUAACUAUUGCUGUUUUGCCUAAAUUAUUAUACCUAAAUUAUGGAGUAAUAUUUUUAUACACGUCUUUUCAUAAGUAAAAGAAACCCUGUCACAUUUUAUACAGAACUAAAAUAUUGUCAUUCCACAUAUUAAUAUAAUCAUAAUGAUAUCAAACAUACGUGAAUUGGAAAGUAAGAUUUGAUGUCAUUGAUAACGUCAAUGAACGACUUUUGCCCCUCGGUAAAUAUGAAUGCAUGAAUUGUAUAUAAGACAAUUGAUAUUUCCCCAGACUUUCAAAAGAUCACUGGAAAUUUCUUGACAAUAUGGAUUUCCAUUAUUUAUUUCUCAGCAAUUUGACUCAACACUUUUACGUUUCUUACAAACAACUUAAGAUAGCAGUAGGUAAAAAACAAUGCUUCUGAUGUGAAGUUACUACAAACAAAAUAGAAAUAGUGAUUUAAAUUUGUCAAAAAUUUAAAACAUCAAUAUUUCGAUUAUAUCGUAAGUUUACUGAAAUACAUUAAUUUCGUUAUAGAAAACAAAUCGAUAAAGCCUAUCUUUAACAAACGAGAUUUGUAUCGCAGAAUUUCUAUAAUAGAAAUGUCCCAAGGCUUUAUUCGGGGUUGUUUUUCAUAUUACACAACACUCAGGUCUGCUGUAUCUGUCAACUCAUUUUAAUUCUUUUGCAUGUUCAAAGAUAAUGAAUAUUAUUGUAUCAAUUUAACUUUGUCUAACUUUGAUGUAAAUUAUAUUUGAAUCUUUAAAACUAUGAAAAAUACAAAUAAAAAACUUUAAAAAUCAAA